AAUAGUACCCAAAAGAUCUGAAGACGGAUAGGUUCGAUUGUUCGAUUGAUAGAGCAGAGAGAAGAAAAAAUCGGGAGAGGAUGAUGUUGAGGGCCGGAGGAAAGCGACUUCUAGGGAUAGGGUUUGUGCGUCAGGUGGCUGCUUCGCCUGCCGCAGCGGCAACGGCAACGGCAACGGCGGCUCGGAGUUACCACGAGAGGGUGGUGGAUCACUACAAUAACCCUAGAAACGUUGGAGCCUUUGACAAGAAGGAUCCUACGGUGGGAACGGGGCUGGUCGGGGCCCCGGCGUGCGGCGACGUCAUGAAGCUCCAGAUCAAGGUCGACGAGAACACGGGAAAAAUUGUGGAUGCCUGUUUCAAGACCUUUGGAUGCGGUUCCGCCAUCGCUUCGUCAUCCGUUGCUACUGAAUGGGUGAAAGGGAAGAAAAUAGAAGAAGUUUUGUCCAUCAAGAACACAGCAAUCGCAAAUCAUCUCUCGCUUCCCCCGGUUAAGCUUCAUUGCAGCAUGCUUGCAGAGGAUGCGAUCAAGGCGGCUGUCAAAGAUUAUGAAAAGAAGAGGGACAAAUUGGGACAGAACAAAGAGCCUGCUUUGGACACAGCAGAGAAAGCCGCUAAUGCCUAGAAAUUUAUCCUGUAAAUCUGAGCUUAUAUAAAUAUAUGCUUUGUUCCACAUGAAGUCAGGAAUAAUCGGUAUAGACAGAUGGAAAUUAUGACUCUAUGAACCUUAGGAAUAUUUGACCAGUGUAUUAAAAAAUUACCAUAGGUCUUUGUACUGUUUUCUAAUGUUUGCUGAUGAUAUAUAUAUGCCUGCUAUGAACA